GAGUAUUCACACACACACACACACGCACUGCUAGAGCACAGCAGAGAGGAGUGUAGGAGAGAGCAGAUGGAGCGUAGCUGCCUGCCUGCUGUACUGAGCUGGACUGAGCUCGCCGAGACGGUCACACACGCUUACUCACAACAAAGGCCACGACUGUCUGGGUGCUGUUGCCUCUAGACUCACUGGUGUGCUCCACUGAAUACAGACUGUGAAGAAGCUGAACAGGCUGUGUGUUUGGAACGGAGCCAAUGACCAGGAGGCUAAACUGAAGGAGAAUAAGGCCACAGAGAAUUUAUUAAAAUGGGGGCCAGUUUCCCGGAGCCUCUCUCUGAAUUAUGGUGGCUCAUACUGCAGCCAUGCCGGACGUGAAGGCCCCUCCACCAUGUGACUACCCCUCAGCGGGCUGCUCCCCCAGCCAAGGCCACGGCCUCGCUGGCUACACCUGCACCGCUGGUCUCACCAUGGAUCUGGAGCCCUGCCUCAGCCUCACUGACUUCCCCCUGCCCCAACCCCUCUCUGGCUUCAGAGGCCACAGUGUACCCCCCUACCCGCCCUACCCUGGCCAGUGCCCCUUCAUACCCCGGUCUAACAGUAGUGCAUUGCUCACUAACCUGGGGCUCCGGUACUGCUCCACCAACAGUGUGCAGCCCCCACCCAGGGGUCCUGACUCUGGGCUGGAGUUAGGGUCAGGCCUGGGGCUGGACCCAGGGCCCUGUUGGAACAUGAACCAAGGCUGUGGAACUCGACUCUACCGCAGCAUGGAGAACUUGAACUGGAGUAAUUCUGUGUCUGAACCAGGCCUCUACUGUUCCCCGUAUUGUGCCACCUACAGGGGCAGUGUGGACAGUGGGUUCAUCUUCCGCUGCACUGCCACCAGCCACUGGUACGAUGGGCCCUCUGAAGGGACAGGGCCCCAGGGCUACGGUCCUGUGAGCCUGGCGUUCUACCCCCACCCCCGCCUGGGGAGGGGUCUGGGGAGGAAGGAGCUGCCCCUCUUCCCCCAGUGGCUGUUCCCCGGCACAGAUGACUGGGGAGUGAACGCUACCACCAACGGCAGGAAGGGGCUAAGGGAGAAGCUCCGCCUCCAAAGCGCCCGAUCGGCAGCGGAACCCCUGAAGCCUCUUCGACCUCAGGUAACCCCAGGCAGUACCACUCCCAUCCUGAGGGGGUGCUCAGAGAGGGACUCAUCCCCCCACCAGAGGUACGUUGGGAGACCCCUGUAUGUCCGGCACCUCACCAGCCCUGAGGAAAUCAAGCAGGAGGUUCUGAGACGGCUUCAGCUCCGGCGGCAGAACAGCACCCCAAACCUGGCCCUCCAUGCCUCCCUGGAGACCCCUCAGACCCCAGACAUGGCCAUGUCCUUCACCACCGAGUCCAUCUCUGUCACUGGAAGUAGUGCUGAGCUCAUAGCCGAGCGUAAGAGGCCCCCUAUGGGCCGCCUGCACAUCCCUACCUUCAAGGAGUUUAAGAGGAUGAGACAGAGAGAGGGAGAGAGUGGACAGACAGAGAGCAGUAAUGUUACUACAGUAACAACUAUAGACCAACAGCCAGAGACUAGUACAGGCAGCCAGAGCCCAGGGACAGGCAGAGACUGUAAGACUCAGACAGCCCCAUUGGGACGGCGAGACUCUCAGUCCUCUCAGGAGGAGGAGAGGGAGAGCGAGGAGAGGAGAGGCAGUGAAGAGAGGGAGGAGAGGGGGAGCGGGGAGAGAAGGGGCAGUGAAGAGAGGGAGGAGAGGGGGAGCGGGGAGAGAAGAGGCAGCAGGGGAGAGAGGGUGGAGAGGGGGAGUGGGGAGAGGAGAGGCAGCAGUGGAGAGAGGGGGAGCGGGGAGAGGAGAGGCAGCAGUGGAGAGGCCAUGCAGAGUGACUCCCCUGUGGCUCCCCCAGCAUACAGCAGUGGAGAGGGGAGUGUGAUGUUAGUGGAGCUGACUCCCACAGCCAGCACUUUGCACUCAUCCUCUCCCAUCUUCACUGGCCCUACUCCCCAGCUAAAAGCCAACAUUCAGACCACAGUCUCUAACAAAGCUAUAUGCACAGGCCCUACUCCCCGCUCUCCCCUCCAGCCCUCCAGUAAGACCCAGGGAAAGGGGACCAUGUAUCAUACCCAGGCCCAGGACAGCAGGCCUAAUGUGGGGCUCAGUGUGCCUCAGGCCUCCCUGGUCCCCUUCCCUCCACACAGGGAGAGUGCAGAGGGCCCCUCCAGCUGCUGUCCAGCCCUGCUCCUGGACAGGACUGACCUCUCCAGCUAUGGAGCCAAGAUCUACAAGAUGAAGGAUGGGUUCAUCGGCUCCGCCCUGGACCUCAUCAAGAAGAGCUGCAGUGCAGAGAUUGCAGCGGCAGAGGCCCCCGUCAGGCUGUCAGGUGACCAGGACGACAGCGCUAACAUCGCUCCCCCACCAGAUUUUCAACCCUCCACCGUCUCCAUGACAACCGCGACGGCCUGUGGAGAGGAGGCUUGCGACGAGCCUGCAGCAGGAGGAGGAGAAGAACUAGCUGCAGAAUGCCACUCUGGCCUGGGCUGCAGGCGCUCCAGCUCGGACGCAGCCUAUGAACCGGCCGAAUCGGUGAGGGCCCAGCGCGAGUGCCGCCUCCGGCCCCACUACAGCGACCCCAUGCCGGCCGACGCCGCCAAGCGCAAACAGCUGGAGAUGAAGAUCGCUGCCGCUGCACGCCUCCACAGCCAGCGACGGGACAGGGACAGUGCUCCUGCCUCGGUGCGGGUCCGUUCUGAACCCCGCGGUGAAGGGCGUCUAGGGAGUCUGGGUGUGACGCGUGGUGGACAGCACCGCUGGAGCACCGUGAGCAGUCUAAGUGCCGACAGUGGUGUGGUGGGCCUGUGUGACGACCGCGAUGAUGACGACGAACCCCGGAGAGUACACCACAGUGGAGGGGCCGAGGUAGAACGGGUGGACAGCGGGAUUGGACCCUGCCUGGCCCGCGGCUGGAAGAGACCCUCUGCCUCUCUCAGGGCCUGGGAGGCCCAGAGACCCUGCCCAGACUGUGGCCAGAGAGACGGGCAUGGGGUGGCCCGGACAGAGGGGGAGGGGACCGGUAUGUGUGAGCGCUGCUCCAAGCUGAGGACGGAGAGGAAGGAAGCCAUCUUGGAGUUCCUGAACACUGAGUCAAGUUAUGGGGAGGACCUAAGGAUCAUCAAGGAGGAGUUCUACUGUCCCAUGCAGAGCGCCGGGCUGCUGACCUCAGAACAGCUGACCGUGGUGUUCAGCAACGUUCAGGAGCUCAUAGACGUCAACGAACGCUUCACUGAACAUCUGCAGGACAGCAUCGACCAGGCCUUCGACCAGGGAGAUGAGGACCUGCUAACAGUGUGCAUUGGAGAGAUGUUCCUGGAGUUUGUCAACAUGCUGCCAGCCUUCCAGACAUACUGCCUGCAGCAGUCCACAUCUGUCAACAUGCUCAACACCCUGGAGAAGGAGAAAGAACUGCUGAGGAUCUUCCUGGACGUGUCCCAGAAUGACAACACAGCCCUGCGGCGUAUGAACCUGCGCUCCUUCCUCAUGGCUCCCCUUCAGAGGGUCACCAAGUACCCCCUCCUCCUGAGCCGCAUCAGCAAGGUCACCAUGGAGUGCCACCCCGACCAUGGCCGUCUCCGAGAGGCCAAGAGCCGCGUGGAGUCUCACCUGGAGCACAUCAACAUGAAGACCAAGCAGGAAGGAACCCUGACCUGGACUCUGCGUUCCUUUCGCCGCGACAGCCGCAAGAACCGCGAGGUCAUUAACAUUGAGAUGCGGGAGAUGUCCAUGAAGACUGUGGGCUGGGCCAGGGAGAACACACGCUUCGUCAUGGAGGGGCCCCUGCAGCUCUCCCAGCCUGCAGACGGACAGUGGGUAAAGAAGGGCAGUAAAGGCCUCAAGUUCCAGAACAUCCAGAGUCUGUUGAUGGUGCGUACGCAGCGGCCUGGGGAGGGUCUGUCUCAGCCGGACGGCGAGGCCAAGGUGGAGCAGCAGGAGCACGGUGUGUGGGAUGGUGUGCUGGUGCUCAUCAAAGACAAGAGCAGUGGGAAGUUCACCGUGCUCAGAGAGCCCAUCCGCCUGGCCAACUGUGUGGUGUCGGCCGACCCUGACUGCGAGGACACCUUUGAGGUGCUGGACAUACGUAAGGAGGCCUUUGUUUUUAGGGCCUCGGAUAAACCCCGCACGCAGCAGUGGUUCCGGCAGAUCAAGAGGUAUACCCGUGACCUGGGGCUGUGGAGGAAGAGGCGUAACGCACUCCCCAAUAUUAUGAUGAACACAAACCAGGGCAGGUCCUGAGACUGAGGGACACCGUUUCCCUGGCUGGAUACCAGUGUAAAUAGAUGUACUACUACUGCAAAAAGAACUGACCAUGCUUCUGGAUGGUAGAGCGAUUUGUUUCUGAAGUUUUAGGGUGGGGUUUGUGAGGUUCUAUGUUAUGAUGAGGAUAGCACUUUUUUCUAAGAAAAACUGCAAGUGCAGCAUACUGUAACGAAACGUAUGAAGGUAUAGUUUUUAGCUUCUGUCUAAAAAUGAUCAGCCACUUGGAUGACCAAAAAAGGAGACUUGGUUGGGAACACUGCUGGCCUUGAUUGUCAAAACUGUUUGCUCUUGAAGAAAGAGAUGUUUUCAGUAUACUGACUGACUGGUGUCUGUGUUGAAAAGCAUGGUUGAAGUUGAUGAUUGGAAAAACAUGACUGAAAAACAUGACUCUGUAAUGUUAAUGAAAAUGCACAAAUGAGUGAAAAACUACUGUUAAAUUAUACAUUGUGGACUUGGACUACAGCUUAGUAAAAAAAGACAGGAACUUUUAUUUUACCUGACUAAGGUAAGUCAAAAUCACUGGCCUCUUCCCCCUUUCUUUUGCCCUCUGUGUCAGUAGCAAUGUCCACUGCCAGCAGAGAUCCAAGAAAGGGCAUCUAUAGUAGGAAGUCCGUCAGUGACUUCCUACUAUGGAUGCUGUGCAGACACUGUCUGUCGGACAGUUUGAACCCAGGGUUGUGGACAUACUUGUAUCAGACGAGGCUGGUGGGAGGAGCUAUAGGAGACCGGGCUUAUUGUAAGCGCUUAAAUGGAAUGAAUGGAACGGAGUCAAACGUGGUUUCCAUAUGUUUGAUGUGUUUGAUACCAUUCCAUGUAUUCUAGCCAUUACAAUGAGCCUGUCCUCCUAUAGUGCCCCCCACCAGCCUCCACUGACUUGUAUCACUGUGCUGGGUGGGCUCAAGUCACAAAGAAGCAAUAAAUUGUGCAAUUUUAGCUAUUUAUUUUAGUUUUUCCACAUCUGGUCAGACUUCGUAAUUAUGGGAAAUUGAGAGCUUAUUAUCCCACCUAUGACUGGAAGUGACAUUAUUGACACAAAUGAGCUAGAGGUUAGGCCCUAGAAGAAUGUGCACUUGAACUUCAAGCCUAGGCCUGGUUUGGCCCCUACCAGUAUUGUCAACUGUUUAUUCAAACUCUCAAAGCCUUUACCUGUAUCUGAAUGUGGUAGUACAGCAUGGCCAAAGUGGAGGUGGAAAGGCCUCAAACACGGGUCAACCUGGACCAUGAGUUUAGUAGCUAAAGCUGACAUAGUAGCGCCAGUCAAAUGUCUUCACAGUGUGCUGUUCCAUGACAAUCAGAUGGGGAAAUUAUGAGCUUUUGUUCCAUGGGUUUUUAUUUCACUCUAAAUGAACAAAAAGCAUUUCUUCUGUUGCCAGUCACAGUAAUGUUGAUAAAACUUUGAGUAUCUGGAAAUGGUCAUCAAGUCAGACUGGCCAAUGCCCCUAGGUAGCAGCAGAAAGACACUUAAAAAGCCUGCUUACAUAGCCUGGUUAUACCAGUGUGAACACUGCAUUCACUAAUCUGAAAUUUUGUGAAAUCUUUUUGGAUGCCAGAAUUUACAGGCAGUUCUAAUCCCUCCAUCGGCUGCUAGUGUUACUACAUUAUGUCAUAGUUUACCUGUGCCCUUAUCUCAAGUGUGACUUCCCUUCUCCUAAAAUCUGUUUUUGUGUCUGUUUCUGAAACUGAAGGCACUUUAUAAUUAAGACUACAAACUAGAUCCAUAUUAUGGUGCGACUGUCACUCUUCAAAAAUGCUAUCUGCCAAUCAUGAUUUCAAAAGCUUUAUUCUGUCAGUUGUGUUUAUUCACACAACUCUUUGUUAGGGAAACAUAUAGGACCACAGCUGACUACAUGCAGCAGGUCAAGGCAAUACUUCUUAUCAAACAAAUCUAACCUACAUAUACUGUUUAGUCUGAUUAUGUUUAGUCCAGGAGUAGCAUAGGUCAAGGAGGUAGUGAAUCACUGUUUUUGGACAGAGAAUGAUGUACGGAGUAGACUACUGCCUGUCUCUUACUGUUCAUCACCUUCCAAUGGCGCCAACACUGUUACAAUCAUAGAAUUAGAAUCUCAUUCUAUUUCUAUUGUUUGAAUUUUCAGCUUCCAUCUUGUUCCACUAAAUGAUUACUACCGUAUAUGGGAAGACCGAUGCUGUGUAAACAUUUUGAAAAUAUCCUAGAACUGCUGGACUGUCAAAUGUUUUUCCUCUGCAUUUUAGACCUAAUGUGAUAUUUCCUUUAUGUAAGAUUUUGUGAAUUAUAUUAAAAAAUGACAUGUUAAAUACA